CGUUCCUCUGUGUGGGUGGUGCGGCUGCAGGUAUUGGUGAGGGUCCCGCAUUCCUCUGUGUGGGUGGUGCGGCUGCAGGUAUUGGUGAGGGUCCUGCGUUUCCUCCGUGUGGGUGGUGCGGCUGCAGGUAUUGGUGAGGGUCCCACGUUCCUCUGUGUGGGUGGUGCGGCUGCAGAUAUUGGUGAGGGUCCCGCAUUCCUCUGUGUGGGUGGUGCGGCUGCAGGUAUUGGUGAGGGGGUCCCGCAUUCCUCUGUGUGGGUGGUGCGGCUGCAGGUAUUGGUGAGGGUCCUGCGUUCCUCCGUGUGGGUGGUGCGGCUGCAGGUAUUGGUGAGGGUCCCGCAUUCCUCUGUGUGGGUGGUGCGGCUGCAGGUAUUGGUGAGGGUCCUGCGUUCCUCCGUGUGGGUGGUGCGGCUGCAGGUAUUGGUGAGGGUCCCACGUUCCUCUGUGUGGGUGGUGCGGCUGCAGAUAUUGGUGAGGGUCCCGCGU